AUGGUCGAAUCCAACGGACUUCCUGCGCCGGCCACGGUGACCAAUGGUGUCGAUGUCGAUCGCAUCGCUGUCAGCCCCAUGGCCCCUGAAAAGCUUGCCAGUCUGGCCCAGAAGAUCGAGUUGCUGAGCAAUGCCUUCACGUCUGGCCAGGCCGACGCGCGACUCCAGCUGAUGGAAGCCGCCGAUGCCCUUCUAGCGGCCGUUGAGACGCCGCGCGAGACCAUUUUCCGAUACUGCUGGCGAAACACUACCGGCUUCGCCGUGAUCGAGACAGCCAUCGACCUCGGAAUCUUCCCAUAUCUGUCGAACAAUGACCGGCCGAUGUCCGUGGCCGAACUGGCGACAGCCACCGGCGCUGACAUCGUCCUGCUACGUGGGCAACGAAUCAUGAAGCAACUCAAUGCCAUUCACGCUGUCACCGAAACUGGUAAAGAUGAAUACACUAGCAACAACUUCUCACGUACGCUCGCCUACACCCGCUACGCCGAUGCCUUCCCCAUGAUAACCCGGGCUACCGGGCGCGCCAUCACCGCGAUCCCGGAGUUUCUCCGUAAAACAAGCUAUCGCGACCCGGCCAACGGCCUCGACUGCCCCUUCCAACUCGGCUACAACACCCAAGCCGCCUUCUUCGAAUUCGUGGGCCAACACCCGGUGCUCAGCGCCCAAUUCAACAAUCUCAUGUCCAUCUACCAUCAAGGCCGCGCCAGCUGGAUGGACCCGGGCUUCUACCCGGUCGAGCAGCGCCUCCUGGUCGACACGACGACGACAGACCCCGCCGACAGUAUCCUGCUGGUAGACGUAGGCGGCGGCAAGGGCCACGACCUGGCCGAGUUCCGCGCCAAGUGGCCCAGCUCCCCUGGGCGAUUGAUCCUGCAGGACCAGCCCGCCGUCCUGGCCGAGGUGGUGGGAAGCCAGCUGCACGAGUCGAUCGAGUGCAUGCCGCAUGAUUUCUUCACCGAGCAGCCUUGUAAAGGUGCAAGAGCCUACUUCCUCCACUCGGUGCUGCACGACUGGCCCGACGCGAUCUGCCAGAAGAUCCUGGCCCCGCUGCGCGCCGCCAUGACGCCCGGGUACAGCCGGCUGCUGAUCAACGAGAACGUGAUCCCGGACCGCGGCGCGCAGUGGCAGGCGACGGGGCUGGACUUCGUCAUGCUGGCGGACUUUGCGGGCGCGGAGCGCACCGAAUCGCAGUGGACGCGUCUCCUGCACGAGGCCGGGUUCCGCAUCCUGCGCAUCUGGGCGGCGGAUCGGUGGUCGGAGAGCUUGAUCGAGUGCGAGGUGGCAUGA